AUGUUUAACCUCGAAGACGAUCAUAUUCGAGCAUCUUUUUUACAUCCGAACUAUAAACAAUUGCGUGGAGCAACAAAAACACAGAUCAAGUCAUGCCACGCGUACUGUCGAGGUCUCGUUUUGCCUAAUACCACGGGUGAUGAUCCAGUAAUAAGUGACAAAGAUAUUUGUGAACCACCGUCAAAGAAAAGCAAGUUCAUGUUACAACUGAUGGAUAAGAACGAAACAGUCAAAGAACCAGGUAUGAACGAGAUCGAUCGUUAUAAUGCACUUACGGUCGAAGAGGAAUAUACAAAUCCUCUAACGUUCUGGCAACAACAACAUAUUCAAUUGGCCUAUCCAACCCUUUAUCGUCUUGCCAAACGCACUUUCGCAGUUCCAUGCAGCUCAGCUGCGGUCGAGAGCCAAUUUAGCGCAGCCGGUCAGAUUGUGACUCAGAGGCACUCGAAUCUAGAUCCUUCAACUGUCAACAAUUUAAUUUUCUUGCGAUCCAUUGAGAACAGCAAGCGACAAAUGUAG